CCCCAUUUACUGAUAAGUGCAGUCACUUUGUAUUAUACACUCUCCUUCUUUGCCCAGCUUCUCCGCCGAGAACUUUGAGGACCCGGCUGGCGCCCGAAGCGGGUUAAUUCAUCAGUCAUGGGGUCGGAAGCUGAGACUGUGUGCGUCACCGGAGCGGCUGGCUUCAUCGGGUCAUGGCUCGUGAUGAGGCUCCUCGAGCACGGCUACACUGUCCGGGCCACCGUACGGGACCCCAAUAAUAUGAAGAAGGUGAAGCAUUUGCUGGACUUGCCUAAUUCAAAGACACACCUCACUCUGUGGAGGGCCGACCUCAACGAAGAGGGAAGCUUCGACGCGCCAAUCCAAGGGUGCACCGGCGUGUUCCAUGUCGCUACCCCGAUGGACUUUGAAUCCAAGGACCCCGAGAAUGAAGUUAUCAAGCCAACGAUCGAAGGGAUGUUGAGCAUCAUGAAGUCGUGUGCGAAGGCGAAGGUGAGGAGAGUGAUCUUCACGUCCUCUGCUGGGACUGUCGACGUUCAACCCGUCCAGAGGCCCAUAUACGACGAGACCUCUUGGAGUGACCUCGAGUUCGUCCGGGCCACCAAGAUGACUGGUUGGAUGUACUUUGUGUCCAAGACACUGGCAGAGCAAGCUGCCUGGAAAUUCAGCGCAGAGAACAACCUCGAUUUCAUCAGUAUCAUCCCGACUCUCGUGGUCGGCCCGUUCCUCAUGUCCUCUUUCCCUCCGAGCCUCAUCACUGCUCUCUCCCCGAUCACAGGUAAUGAAGCUCAUUACGGGAUCAUAAGGCAGGGCCAGUUCGUCCACCUGGACGACCUCUGCAUGGCCCACAUAUUCCUGUACAAGCACCCGAAUGCCAAGGGCCGGUACAUCUGCUCAUCGCACGAAGAGAACAUCACCGGCAUCGCAAAGCUCCUAAGGGAGAAGUACCCCGAGCAUAAUAUCCCAGCAAGGUUCGAAGGGGUCGAUGAGAACACAGAGAAGGUGUCGUUCUCCUCAAAGAAGCUGAGGGACUUGGGGUUUGAGUUCAAGUACAGCUUGGAGGACAUGUUCGUCGGGGCUGUGGAGUGUUGCAGGGAGAAGGGGCUUCUCCCUUUGUCCCACGAGAAGAAGCGACAAGAACUCGUUAAUGGCCGCAAUUAAUGAUUUUAGUCACUUCCAUUUCUUUAAAAAAUAAUUAUGUAUUUUCCCUUUCUUUUUUCUUUUUUUUGUUGUGGUGAUCUCUCAUAUUCCAUUCGAUGGUUGAUUGGGAGUUCUCUCUCGUACGAGAGGACAGAACAUGCAAACUGAUGGAUAUAUAUACACAAACACAUACAAUAGGUUUUGAGGAAAGGAAA